UUUGUUUAUUUGGUUUGUUGAGGCAUAAAAACAAAAUCUGUCAAUGGAGAUCUUCCUCUUCUGAUUAAAACUUCUUCUAAUGCGCCUUUAAAAUUCACACAAAUAGACAAAACGUGAUAUUAAUAGAGCAUAUCAGAAGAGGAAAUGUUCAUCUACAUCGGGAUUGUGUCACAUUGCAUCCAAAUCCGUGUAAAUCUGUAACUGUUGCUGGUAAACAGACACAACUGGAGGUUUUUCGUCCUGAUGAGUUCAGUGUAAAGUCACCAGCAGUCAGCCACAUCCGUCAGACACCACCUCAGGAGCUGUUCUCAGGUUUACACUGCACACAUCGCAUGUGCUCCCAUGCUGGCCUGUGAUUGGCCGAGAAGAUCACCUCACUGCAUCACCCUGAGUGGGGGAACUUCAAGCGAUGACGUAGCGCCGCCGGUUCCCGCCGUCACAGCUGCUGCAGCCUGGGUAACGGUGGCCUUUAAACUGAGGCGAGGUCGUGCCAAAAAUGUAUAUAUAGAGUCUAUAUUUGGCAGUUUUUACACCCUAUGUCAUCAACUUACACAUCCGGUGACAAGUUCAGUGCGACUUGGUAAAAGCAGAGAAUAAUUACGUGACAUAAUUAUAAAUGUGCGCCUUUAAACGCGACAAACUCUUUGAGAAUACUGAUUUGAAGCGCCGAUGUCAGCAGCUGUAGCCGUGUUGCCACUGUGGCAACGGAAGCGAUGCGUUUCACAACUCACCGGCUCGACGCUGAUUGGUCGGCGGGCGGACCUCGCUGCGCGUGAUGUCAUCGGCCGAGUCAGAGAGAGUCAGUAGAGAGACGGAGCCGGGGGGGCAGAGAUGAGGAUCUUGUAGGCUCCACACACACAGUCCGUGUUUUCGUCCGCUGCGAGUCACUGACAGCGGGUCGGGUCUCUGACAGCACCUCCAUCGUGGAAUAUCGCUUCUAAUAAUGUGUUGCCGGGCUGAUAUUUACCGCUGAGGACGCGCCAGUCUCCCCGUGUGGUGUUAAAGGCUGUCAGCAUACUCAGCUCCAGAAGACCCGCCAGACCAUGAACUACGUGGGCCAGUUGGCAGGCCAGGUGUUCGUCCAGGUCAAGGAGCUCUACCGAGGCCUCAACCCCGCCACCCUCUCCGGCUGCAUUGACGUCAUCGUAGUGAGGCAGCCCGAUGGAUCGCUGCAGUGCUCGCCUUUCCACGUCCGCUUCGGCAAGAUGGGCGUCCUGCGUUCCAGAGAGAAAGUGGUGGAUAUGGAGAUCAACGGAGAACCAGUGGAUCUACACAUGAAACUUGGGGACAAUGGAGAAGCAUUCUUUGUGCAGGAAACAGAAAAUGAUCAGGAAGUGGUUCCGUCCUACCUGGCCACCUCUCCGAUCAUGUCGGACGGGGCCCUCCUGAUGAGCUCCUCCCUGAUGGGGAAGAAGAGCUCCGCGGGGCCCUCCAUACAGACCCUGGGCUCAGCGGCGAGCGCGGGAGAGAAUGGCAGCGGGAUGAUGAAGAAGAGGAGGAAGAGGAGGAGGAAGGCUCGGGCGGACAGCGUGAGGAGGGAGGAGAGCGGGGACUACUCGGAAGAUGACGACAUGUUCACCAUAGACAUCAGCUCGGACGAAGGCACAGAGAGGGAGAGCAGCAGGACUUCAUCUCGAGACGUCUUAAGAGACGAGUCAACCAGCAGCUCUUUCAAACAGACCGGCAUCUAUACCCGCUCAGAUGGAGAGUGGAGCCCCAUUCAGAGGUGCGUCAUCCACAUCCCUGGAAACUCACGUCCGACCUCUCCCAAGAGUGACUCUGAGCUGAUGACUAAGCCAUCAGAUGCAGAAAGUCAGAAUCCGGCCAUGCUCUGGGCGUGGGGAGAGCUGCCACAGGCUGCCACGCCAUCCUUCCUCCAAGAGAAACCCAACCCUCCACCAGUUUGCCCAGUGUCCAUCCCUGUGACUGAAAGCACGCACUUUCGCGUAAUAACUCACGAGACGUCCUCGGAACAGUGCCGAGCCCGCCCUGAGAGAUCACCGCUCAGACUGCUCAUGACGGAGGAGACCACCAAGCAGAAGGUCGUCACAGUUGGGAUGGAGACGGAAUCCAUGAGGGUGGAGUCGCAGACCGUUACCUCGGAGACGCAGGUCAUGGCGGCUGGAGGCGCGGCAGCUCCAAUGAUGUGCGACAUGGAGGAGACGAUGCCUCGUCAGCAGGGCAAGACGGACUCUCCAUCCAAGAGAAAAGACAAGAGAAGCCGCCAUCUUGGCUCUGAUGGAGUUUACCUGGAUGACAUUACGGACCUUGAACCUGAAGUGGCUGCCCUUUACUUCCCCAAGAGCGAUGGUGGAGCAGCAGUGAGGAGCAUGUCGGACCCGGGCCUCCACAGCACCAGCCUGUCCCCACAGUCGGUCAGCUCUGGUGGGGACAGCGGGGUGGACAGCUACUGCGACCCCAUGUCCGACUUGCCCUCUAUCACAAUCUCACUGUGUGGAGGACUCACAGACAACAGGGAGAUCACGAAAGAGCAGUUCCACGAGAAGAUCAUCUCCUACCAGCAGUUCGCAGACAACCCCUCCAUCAUCGACGACCCCAACUUGGUGGUGAAAAUUGGCUCCAAGUACUAUAACUGGAGCACUGCGGCUCCGCUCAUGCUGGCUAUGCAAGCUUUUCAGAAACCGCUGCCAAAGGCCGCCGUGGAGAACAUCAUGAAGGAGAAGAUGCCCAAGAAAGGAGGGAGGUGGUGGUUCUCCUGGCGAGGCAGAAACAGCAACUCCAAAUCGGAUUCGGUCUCUGAGCGUGGGGCCUGUGGCUCUGCUGAGCAGGCAAACAGACAUAAAGAAGAGUCCUCCUCUAGUGACGAAGACCACAGAGCAUCCAAUCAGGGCUCCAACAGCAUCCAGUCAGAGCAUGGGCUCGCACCAGGAGGCGUGUCGUAUAAGAAAACACUCCGACUGACAUCAGAGCAGCUGCUGUCGCUGCAGCUGCAGGACGGUCCCAACGAUGCUGUGUUCAGCGUGACCACUCAGUACCAGGGAACCUGCCGCUGUCAGGGCACCAUCUACCUCUGGAACUGGGACGACAAGAUCAUUAUCUCGGACAUAGAUGGCACCAUCACCAGGUCCGACACGUUGGGUCACAUCCUCCCGACACUGGGGAAAGACUGGACCCACCAGGGUAUUGCGCAGCUCUACCACAAAGUCAGCCAAAAUGGCUACAAGUUCCUGUACUGUUCAGCUCGAGCUAUCGGCAUGGCUGACAUGACCCGAGGUUACCUCCACUGGGUCAACGAGAGGGGCACCAUGCUCCCCAUGGGCCCCGUCCUGCUCAGCCCGAGCAGCCUCUUUUCAGCUCUGCACAGGGAGGUGAUCGAGAAGAAGCCAGAGAAAUUCAAGGUGGAGUGUCUCAAUGAUAUCAAGAACCUCUUCUACCCCAACCAGCAACCGUUCUACGCAGCGUUUGGAAACAGACCAACGGAUGUGUUCUCCUAUAAAGAAGUCGGGGUGCCUCUGAACAGGAUCUUCACAGUGAAUCCUAAAGGAGAGCUGGUGCAGGAGCACGCCAAGACCAACAUCUCAUCUUACGUCCGUCUGGGCGAGGUGGUGGACCACGUGUUCCCCCUGAAGGCGCGAGCCUCCUCCUCGGACUUCCCCUGCUCGGACACCUACAGCCACUUCACAUACUGGAGGCAGCAGCUCCCCCGUGUGGAGCACCACGGAAACACACCUCCACAAACGGCCAGCUGACUACCUGUGGCCUGCUGAGUGCAGCGACUGACCGGCAUGACGGACUGAUGGCGUGCUUGACAUGUAGCAUUCAGAUGGCUACAUGUGCAGGAUGUGAAUCUGUAGACUUUUGUAGAGGACGUGGCUCCUUUAAUGGACAGCGGAGAGUGAAACUCUUUAAACGCACAAGAUGGAUGUAUAGAGCACUUUUAUGAAAAGAUGGCGUCCGAAGCCUUCUGACUAGUUGUAUGUAUAUGAGAAACUGUAGUUAUUUAUUCAGGCAGCUUAGCACAUAUAUGAUAUUUGAGUGAGUGUUGACGUUUUUUUUCAGUAGCUAGACUUUCUAGUCUAUUUAUUCAGACUGUUGCAAACUGUGUUUAAAGGGGUGCUACGUAGUUUUGGAGAAGAUAAUUAUAAUAUUAAUGAGGUCAUAAUACAAACUUGGAAAUAUUAUUUUGCAUAUCUGGAUAAACAAGCUGUUCUCAGGGGAAAAUAUGCUCCCCAGAACACUGUUUGAAGCUGGGCUCAAAGAAAUAAAGAAGUCAAUAAAGAUCCUAAAAUGUCUUCCCCAAAACUACGUAGUGCACCUUUAAUUGUCCAUACGGCAUCUGUUCACAAUCACAAAGAACGCGGCCGCACUGUGCAGAAAGAAAAUCAGCGAGCAAGUUACUUCAAAACAAAAAAACUCCAUGUAGAAAUGUAUUUUCUUACGCUGAACUUUUUUCAAUCAAAGACUGUUAGGUACCCUCCGCCCACAUGGAGACGCAGAUGUAGGCGUGCAGCUUCACUUUUACUGUGUGUGUAAUCUAUUACUCUGUUUGAAGCCAGUAUUAGUUAGACAGCAGAGCGCUCGAUGAGUGAGUGAUCGUCCGCGUAGCUUGAUGUUAAACUGCGUAGAGGACGAGAGAUCCCGACAACUGAGUAUUUAUUGGUCGCUGACGCGAGAACAGAAAGCACAACGUUUUUAAAAUGGUCAUAUCGUUUAAAAAAUCUGUGAGAAUCAUGUUUUAUUUUUCUAUUGAAAUUGCACAGUGUGUACAUGUUGUGAUCCGAAUGUCAUUUCUGUGUCCAACUUCACGGGACGUCCUUUAACUUAUUCACACAGUAACACAGUGAAUGUAUAUGGCUGCUCCCUCCCUCAGACCUCUGCUUGUUUCCAUAAGUGCCAUUAAGUGUGUUUUAUUUAUUCAUCUGAUUAGAUGCUGACUGAUAAACGUAGCUCAACAUAUACCCUUUGUUUUUGUUUUUUUCUCCUUUUAUUGUAGCAUGUCUGCCAUUCCCUUAAAAAAUCCUUACCAGACUGCCUGCAGCUUCAGAGGACGAUAUGUUUGACCUGUUUCUUAGUAGCCGACACUUGUAAAGGUAUCUGUGUGUCCUAUAAUCCCACAGAUAGCAUGAGGUCAUAAAUGAGCAGGAGUCAUGAUGACCUGAACAGUAUCAUAAAUGAGGGUAGCGUGAAUAUGUUUAUGGAAGAGGACGUGUGUGUGUGUGUGUGUGUGUGUGUGUACAUGAUGCUUUGACACUGUUAUUAUUCUUUCCAUGAAAGAGCUUUUAAAAAAAAAAAAAAGCCUGAAAGUGUGUGUGAUCUUUGCCUUAACUGUGAAACAUACAUGUAUGAAUCACUGGUUUCUUUUACUCCCUCCACUCCUUCUUUUUUUUUGAUGAGUUCACUGUUUGAAUCAGUGUAAUCGAACUCAAUAAACAUGCCUUGGUACAUCAGUG